AUGUCUUCCUCCUCAAAAUCCCCGAGCUUCCUGCUCUACUCAUGCAUCGCCCAUCGCUCUACCAUCCUAGCCGAACACUCCUCCCCAGGGUCCUCUUCCACAGCCGCUUCCUCCCUGGCUUCGAUCAUCCUCCCCAAGAUCACCCACGACAAGUCCCAGAAAUUGACAUACACCCAUGAACGCCUGUUCGUCCAUUACAUCGCCGACUCGCCCGCCGGCGGCGCAGUCGAUGACCAAAGCGGCCGUACAGAGCCGGACUCCUACGCACCGCUGAGCUUCAUCGUCGUGGCCUCCGCCGAGCAGGGCCGCCGCAUUCCCUUCGCGUAUCUCCUCGAAAUGAAGCGCAAGUUCCUGACGACUUACCCACCCUCCAGCACAGAUUACUCUGCGCUCCCGGCAUACGGCUGCGCAGCAUUCAAUUCCGAGCUCCGCUCCCUCCUACAUACAUACAAUACCUCUCCGCCGGCAGACUCGCUUGCUUCGGCUCGUCGGGAGAUUGAUAGCGUUCGUGAUAUUAUGACAGAGAAUAUUGAGCGGGUGCUCGAGCGUGGGGAGCGGAUUGAUUUGUUGGUUGACAAGACGGAUCGACUUGGGGGAGUGCGCAUGAUUUCCGCAUUCGCAGCCGUGGUUUGCGGCGGCGGAUGUGGUGGAAGAAUGUUAAGUUGA